GUCAGAGUCAGUCAGUUAGUGAGUCGUUUGUGGCAUCGAGUUUCUCAUUUAGUUAAAUGUCACAUGGGCAUUAGGGAGAAGCCAUAGCAACCAGCCAACCAUCUAGCCAUCUGAGCCACCACUGUAGAACACCACCACCUCUGUGUCCUACCUCCGGACUAGAAUCAUCCGACUAACCUCUCGUAUUCUGUUUUUCUUCUAUUUUCUUUCUUUACAUAUUUUUUUUCCUUCUAUUCCGUUUGCUGUUUUGGCCACUUUUGCCGUACCGGGUCAUCAUCCAGGUCAUAGACGACGGACACCACCACCAACGACGACGACGACGACGACGACAGCAGCAGCAGCAGACGUGCUCCUCCCCUCAACAGCGCCGGACGCCAGUGUCGCCUCCAACGCCUCCAUCAUCCCAGCCAUGACCGGCGGCAAUCGAUGAUUCUCCCCAUUGUCAUUGCGUAAGCGAGACAGAGACAGUUAAAGCGAGAGAAGGAGAAAGAGAUAGGGAAAUAAUCUAAGAAAAAAAAAAAAGGGUUUUCCAUCCGGAUCCGGAAUAGUUACAUUAGCCGGAGGGAGGAGCUAUCAUUGAAGAAGGAAAACAAAAAAAAAUAGAAAUUCAAAUUCAAAAUGCUGAUCAAGGAGUACCGCAUCCCAUUGCCCCUCACUGUGGAGGAGUAUCGGAUCGCUCAGCUCUAUAUGAUAGCGAAGAAGAGCCGGGAGGAGAGUCAUGGCGAGGGCAGUGGCGUCGAAAUUAUCAUCAAUGAGCCGUACAAGGACGGACCCGGCGGCAAUGGCCAGUACACGAAAAAGAUAUACCAUGUCGGGAAUCAUCUACCAGGCUGGAUCAAGAGCCUCCUGCCGAAGAGCGCUCUAACUGUGGAGGAGGAGGCGUGGAAUGCCUAUCCCUAUACCAGGACACGCUACACUUGCCCCUUCGUGGAGAAGUUCUCGCUGGACAUUGAGACGUACUAUUAUCCGGACAAUGGCUAUCAGGAGAAUGUCUUCCAGUUAUCUGGCAGUGAUCUAAGGAAUCGUAUCGUAGAUGUCAUUGAUAUCGUUAAGGACCAGCUAUGGGGUGGUGAUUAUGUGAAGGAGGAGGAUCCCAAACACUUUGUUUCGGACAAGACGGGACGUGGUCCGCUCGGUGAGGAUUGGCUGGAGGAGUAUUGGCGCGAGGUGAAGGGCAAGAAACAGCCGACCGGCCGCAACAUGUCCCUGAUGACCGCCUACAAGAUCUGCCGUGUGGAGUUCCGCUACUGGGGCAUGCAGACCAAGCUGGAGAAGUUCAUACAUGAUGUGGCCCUGCGCAAAAUGAUGUUACGGGCUCAUCGGCAGGCCUGGGCCUGGCAGGACGAAUGGCAUGGUCUCACUAUCGAGGAUAUACGCGAGUUGGAGCGACAGACCCAACUGGCCCUGGCCAAGAAGAUGGGCGGUGGCGAGGAGUGCAGCGACGAUAGCGUUUCGGAGCCGUAUGUUAGUACGGCAACUUCCGCCGUGGCCUCAGCCGGCCCGACUGGAAGUGAGCGGAAGAAGUCCGCUCCGGCCAUACCGCCGAUUGUCACCCAACAGCCGCCCAGCGCCGAGGCCAGUUCGGAUGAGGAAGAGGGCGAAGAGGAGGAGGAGGAUGAUGAGGACGAGAACGAUGCCAUCGGCACUGGGGUGGAUCUAUCCGCCGCCCAGAGCAGCUCCUCCGCCCAGAGAUCCCGCUCGCAGAGCAUCCAAAUGGCCAACAAGGCCAAGUUCGGGUCAAAGGGCGCCCUGCACUCCCCGGUGGGUUCGGCCCACAGCUUUGAUCUUCAGUCAAAAAAGCCGCAUGCCAAGACAGUGCCACGCAGACAUGUGGCUAAUUGGCGGAUGGAGCGCCUGGAAGUGGACUCCAAGUCCAACUCCGAUGAGGAAUUCUUCGACUGUUUGGACACCAACGAGACCAACUCCCUGGCCAAGUGGAGCUCCCUGGAGCUGUUGGGCGAGGGUGAUGACAGCCCGCCGCCACAUGGUGGUCCUUCCAGUGCCGGAUCCUCGGAAGGACGUGGCAACUCCCGGCAGGAGGACAGCAUCUUCAACCAGGACUUCCUGAUGCGCGUCGCCUCGGAGCGGGGCAACAAGCGCCAGCUCCGCUCCUCGGCCAGUGUGGAUCGCAGCCAUGACUCCUCGCCGCCGGGCUCUCCCAGCACCCCGUCGUGCCCCACCACCAUCCUGAUCCUGGUGGUCCAUGCCGGUUCCGUGCUGGACGCCGCCAGUGAGCUGACAGCCAAGAAAUCGGACGUUACCACCUUCCGGGGCUCCUUUGAGGCGGUGAUGCGUCAGCACUAUCCCAGCCUGCUCACCCAUGUGACCAUUAAGAUGGUGCCCUGCCCCUCGAUCUGCACCGACGCCCUCGGCAUCCUCUCCAGCCUGAGUCCCUACUCCUUUGACGCUUCGCCCUCCGCGGCGGAUAUACCCAAUAUAGCUGAUGUGCCCAUCGGAGCGAUACCUCUGCUGUCGGUGGCCUCGCCGGAGUUCCAGGAGACGGUCAACAAGACGGUGGCCGCCGCUAACAUAGUCUACCAUGAAUUCCUGAAAUCGGAGGAGGGUCAUGGCUUCUCUGGACAGAUCGUGAUGCUGGGCGAUUCCAUGGGCUCCCUGCUGGCCUACGAGGCUCUCUGCCGCUCCAAUGGCAGCCAACCGGGCACGGCAUCCAAUUCCGGCGGCGAUGCCUCCAGCACCACGAAUGUCAAUCCCCAUAAUCUCCUCUCCGCUCGCCACUCGCGCUUGGAUGACGAGGAGCGCUUCAUAGAGGCCGACCUGGAUGCGAAGAGGCUUCUGGUGGCGCCAUCACCUCGGCGACGACGCUCCAGCUCCUCCAGCGACUCGCGGGCCAUCAAGCUGGACUUUGAUGUGUGCGACUUCUUCAUGUUCGGCUCCCCGCUGUCCGUCGUCCUGGCCGCCCGGAAGCUGCACGACUCCAAGGCCGCUUUGACACGGCCCAACUGCCACCAGGUCUACAAUCUUUUCCAUCCAACUGAUCCGAUUGCCUCGCGUCUGGAGCCGCUACUCAGUGCCCGGUUCUCCAUCCUGGCGCCGGUUAAUGUGCCCCGCUACGCCAAGUAUCCUUUGGGAAAUGGUCAGCCACUGCAUUUAUUGGAGGUGAUCCAGUCACAUCCGCAGCACUUCAACGAUGGCAACCACCUCCUGGCCGGCAGGCGGCUAUCCGAUGCCUCCAUGCAGAGCACCAUAUCGGGUCUGAUUGAGAAUGUCUCCCUAAGCACUAUCCACUCCCUUCAAAACAAGUGGUGGGGCACCAAGCGUUUGGAUUACGCUCUUUACUGCCCCGAGGGACUGAGCAACUUCCCGGCCCACGCCUUGCCCCAUCUCUUCCACGCCAGCUACUGGGAGAGCCCGGACGUGAUCGCCUUCAUCCUGCGCCAGAUCGGCAAGUUCGAGGGCAUCCCGUUCGUGGGCUCCAAUGACGACAAGGACAACGCCGCCUUCCAUCCGGGCCAGCCGCGAGAGAAGUGGAUCAAGAAGCGCACCUCUGUGAAGCUGAAAAAUGUGGCCGCCAAUCAUCGGGCCAACGAUGUGAUCGUCCAGGAGGGCAGGGAGCAGCGACUCAACGCCAGGUUCAUGUACGGGCCGCUGGACAUGAUCACCCUGCACGGAGAGAAGGUGGAUGUGCACAUCAUGAAGGAUCCGCCAGCGGGCGAGUGGACUUUCCUCAGCACCGAGGUGACCGACAAGAACGGCCGCAUAUCCUACUCCAUUCCCGACCAGGUCUCCCUCGGCUACGGCAUCUAUCCGGUGAAGAUGGUGGUCCGUGGCGAUCACACCUCCGUGGACUGCUAUAUGGCGGUGGUGCCGCCUUUAACCGAAUGUGUGGUCUUCAGCAUUGAUGGAUCCUUCACCGCGUCCAUGUCGGUGACGGGCAGAGAUCCCAAGGUGCGAGCUGGAGCCGUGGACGUCUGCCGGCACUGGCAGGAGCUGGGCUACCUGCUCAUCUACAUCACUGGGCGACCGGAUAUGCAGCAGCAGCGCGUCGUCUCCUGGCUGAGCCAGCACAACUUCCCCCACGGCCUGAUCUCGUUCGCCGACGGCCUGUCCACCGAUCCGCUGGGCCACAAGACGGCCUAUCUCAACAAUCUGGUCCAGAACCACGGAAUCUCAAUCACAGCCGCCUACGGCAGCAGCAAGGAUAUUAGUGUCUACACGAAUGUUGGCAUGCGACCGGAUCAGAUAUUUAUUGUGGGAAAGGUAAGCAAGAAGCUGCAAUCCAAUGCCACCGUGCUCAGUGACGGCUAUGCCGCCCACCUGGCCGGAUUGCAGGCGGUGGGCGGGUCCCGUCCGGCCAAGGGGAAUGCCCGGAUGGUGAUACCCAGGGGCUGUUUCAACCUACCCGGCCAGACGGCCAAUCCGCGACGCCGAAGGUACCUGGAAAGAAAGACUGUUUCCUCCUGUUGUUUAAUGGUUUUCCAAACCACUUAAAGCAUAAACAAAAACUAAAGAACAAAACGCCGAUCUUAAAGCUAUAUACUAAAUACAAUUAAAAAACAAAAAAACAAAAAACCAAAGAUAUAUAUACAAGAUGAUAUAUUCAAAAUAUAGGACCGUUUUACAUAUGCAAGCGAACAAAGUUCAACAAAACAAAACAAAACCAACAACCAAAACAAUUGAAGGACAACAAUUGAAGGACAUAAUAAAUCGAACCGAUGAUCUCAACACAAUUCUAAACUGAUCAAAAAUCGAUAUAUAUCGAUUCAAGUAUCGAUCAAAAUCGGCUGAGUUGGAGAGAGAGAGAGAGAGAGCGUUGCAAAAUCAAAUGGCAAAUUCAAUGCAUUUCUUGACAUAAACCAAACAUAGAUACUUACUUACAAAAAACUAAAAAAAAUGGUAAAAAAUUGAUGGCUUCCGAUUAGUAGAAUAGUUAACUGUGUGUUUUUCUAUAUUCGUGAAGCAAAUUAGUAACAAAAAAUUAAUGAAAAUGUCAUGAAAUGAAUGUGAAAACAAUCUGAUAACCUGGCCCCAGAAACUUUGAAAUCUCCAUAAUUGUGAUAGUUUUUCGUUAAAAAAAAUAAUAAUUAUUGAAAAAAAUGAAAUGUAAGGAACACAGGCAAAAAAUACUAAAACCUCUAUAUAUGUAUGUCUACUAAAAAAAAAAAACAAAAAUUGUUAUUUGGAAAUGAUUCGAAAAAUUCCUUAUUUUGCGGUGUUACGAGUAUAAAAUAGAUGAUAUUGAUAUUGUGUUAACGUAAAAACCCGAUUUUGUGAUACCAAGGACAUAAAGAAAUAACGAAAACCGAAAAUCUAAACUCUAAACUCAAACUGAAACUCAAAACCGAAAGUUUUGAGUUUUCGAAAUGAGAUCAGGCAUUCACUUCCGAGAAUUAGAAACCUAAAGAAACAACAAACUCGAACGACUUAAGGCUACCUGAUGUAACGGGCAAUUUAAUAUAUAUGUAUAUAUAUAUAUAUAUACGAAUCCCGAUAUAGAACUAUAUACUAUACAACCACUAUGUACACAUAACCCAGUUAUGUGCUGUCCACAUAAGUUAACUUACAAAAACAACUCCCAAAGACAAAUUCUAAACGAAGUACAGAUUCUAAAUAAAUGGGAGCCACCCGGGUAAACAAAGAUAGUAAAAAAAAUUACUGAAAAAAAUACUGAAAAUAGAAUACAGAGAAAGUAAAUUAUUUAAGUCAUAUAUAGAGAUAAGCCCAAAGUUGAUUAACUCUCUGGUAGUUGAGUUGAGAGGAUAUAGUAUAUACUUCCUAAAAUCGAAAAAGUUUGAUUGUAUAUUGUAUAUAAGGAUAAAUAUCCAUACUAUAUACCAUUUAGUAUAUACCAUUAUAUAGCGCAAGAGUUCCUCUACUUUCUGUUUCUGUAUCAGUUUUAUUUUCUGUUUUUAUGUCUCAGAUGUGGAUGGAUCUCUUCAGCCCUAGAGAGUUGAUGCUAUAUAGAUCCUAUAUAAUAGAUAAAGUUUUUUGGGAUUAACUCCUAACAAGUACCAGAUCAAGUUUCCUCUCAGAUCUUAUGAAGUGUGAACUUUUGUUCUUCGAAAUUGCUAAUUCCUGUAGUAUCCGCAGGGCUAUUGUGUAUUUUAGUUAGUAAAAUUUAGUAUUUGAUUUGAAGCUCUUGCGGAUCUGAUUUCAAUAUCCCUCCACUGUCUCUGUCUGUGUCUCUCCCUUCCCCACCAGAACAAAAAUAAACUCCCUCAGCCAAUAAUACCAAAAAAAUAUACUAAAAAAAAUUGAUAUUUUGAAAACCCACCAUUUAGAAGUUAAGCCGGAAAAACCCUAGAAUACCAUGGCCCAUUAUACCGACUAAAGAAAAAAUCUAGAGGGGGGAAUAUAUAUAUAUAUACCCCCUAAAAUGUAUAUAUAGAAACGGAAUACUGCAUAUAUAGAAAGACGGAAACAAAUAACGGUUUAACAAACUAAAAAGCAAUUGUUACGUACUUGUGCGUAUACUUACUUUUAAGAGCAACACAGUCCAGGAUAACAAACUCGAAUUCAUAAUAUUUAACGAAUUAUAGAACGGAAUGGUAUAUAAAGAAAUUAUUUAUUGACAACAAAUUCUACAAGCAGUAAAAAAAAUAUUUAAAAAUAAAAAAACAGAAAGCGGAGCAAGCCAAAUGCAAUCUAUUUACAAAAAUAAAUAUAAAAUUACAAAAAACCAGAAACACAAUAGAAAAAAAAUACUAAAAAAAACCAGAAACAAAAAUAUUUAUGUGUGAAGGAAAAGAAAAAGACAUGGUUUAGGCCAAUAUUUAAAUUUUUGGCUUCAAAUUAUGGCCAAAAGCUAUAACGGUAAAAAUAUUUUUCGAUGUAAGCUGUUUGUUAGACAAGGAUCGACUAUGGGCGAACGAAAGAGAUGGCUAUACCAAAGUUAAUCA